AUGCAUCUCAUUCUCACUGGAGCCACCGGCCUCAUCGGGUCUGGUGUGCUCGACGCCAUGCUCAAAAUGAAGGACAUCACCAAGAUCUCAAUCCUCAGCCGACGGCCAGUAGUUAUGGCUGAUAAUGCAAACGACCCGAGAGUCAAUGUCAUCAUUCAUACCGACUUCUUACACUACGGGCGCAAUGUGUUGAGUCAAUUGCAAGGUGCUAAUGGCGCGGUGUGGGCUCUUGGAGUUAGCCAAACCAAGGUCUCCAAGGAUGAAUACAUCAAGAUCACGAAAGACUACCCUCUGGCUGGCGCCCAAGCCUUCGCCGGCCUUGCUCCCAACGACGAACCUUUCCGCUUCAUCUUUGUCUCUGGACAGAGCUCAACACAGAACCCUGGGAUGUUCACGAACCGGUACGCCCGUGUCAAAGGAGAGACAGAGCUCCUCCUCUCAGAGAUGCGCAACACAUACCCCCGUCUCAUAACAGAGGCGGUUGGACCCGGAGUCGUCAGUGAAAGAGACCAUGCCGCUAUCAAGCCAUACGUCCCUGAUCAGGGCUUCUUCCAUAAUAGUGCCAGAGCUGUUCUAGGUCCUCCUGUCAGAAUGGCGUUUCCAUCGCUUGACGCUCCUACUGAGCCUCUUGGAAAGUUCCUGGUUGAAAUGGCGAUGGGGAGGUGGGAUAAGCAGUUGGACGAGGGAGGGAGUGAUAUCACGACACUGAAGGGCGGCAUGAGGGUUCUCAAGAACCCUGCCUUCUUGAGGCUAGCAGGACUGUCAUAA